CCAUAUCCAUUGAAAAGCUACAGUUUCGGAACCAAAGAUCCAAACUAUGAACGCGAUCGUAGCGUUCCUGCACGUUUCCAACGUUUACAAGAGGAUUUUGAGAAAUAUGGAAUGCGCCGUUCGGUCGAAGGAGUUCUUCUAGUUCACGAGCACAAUUUACCCCACGUAUUACUCCUGCAAUUGGGCACAUUUUUCAAAUUGCCAGGUGGCGAACUUCACCCAGGAGAAGAAGAACUGGAGGGAUUAAAGCGACUGUUGUCCGAGAUGCUCGGCCGCACGGAUGGUGUGCCAGUUGGUUGGAUCCCGGAGGAUUGCAUAGGCAACUGGUGGCGCCCUAACUUUGAACCACCGCGAUAUCCCUAUAUCCCCGCCCAUCUUCCGGAGAAAACAUUUUUCGCGGUUCCGUCGAACUACAAACUGGUUGCCGCCCCCCUGUUUGAGCUGUUCGAUAACGCUCGAGCGUAUGGGCCGAUCAUAUCUUCUCUGCCUCAGGUUCUCAGCCGGUAA